AUGGCUCGCCAGUUCAACCGUCCUUGUCAUUCGAAUUAUAGCUCCUCCCCUAACACCAGCAGCCCUCUAUCCCCAUUCCCUCGCGGCGAAACACCCAUCUCCUUCCGGCCAAAUGUGAACCGAGCAAAGACAAAGCGCUGGGUCGAAGCCAAGAAAUACUCCUACGAUGGAAAUGACUGGGGCGAGGACGAGUGGGAUGAGUAUGACGACGACCCAACACCGCCUGUACCACAACCCGCACCGCUGGCGAACCAAAGCACCGGCGAUAUCCCCAGUACACUCUUACGGAAUGCUCCCCGACCCCCGGCGACUGCGAUGGAUCGCUCACGAUCCAUGGAGCACGUAGCCACUCUAGGGGUAAACAGUGGGCCAGGUAGUCGAAGCCAGUCGACAGAGCGUACCGCGGGACAGAGCUCCAACAUUGCUAUGCCGAUUGUACGCCCAGCAGACAUCUACCGACGUAUGCCAGGGCAGCAAUCCGGACAGGAUGCACCUUCAGGGACGGGCCAUCCGAGUGAGAUUCCAACCGCUGUGGGUCUCUCCGCGACCACUGAAGCUGCGCCCAAGUCCAAUCUGUUAGAACGAGAAAUGAGCGGCGAUCACUUACCCCACCAAUCCCUGAGCGCUGAUGCGGAGGGAACUCCCACUCAGGAGAGACCGUCAGAGAGCUUGACAGUUCAGCACGACGCUUCGGUUCCUGGAUUGCCUGACGUCAAACGUCUGUCUGGGUUCGGUACCGAUUUUCUGGCAGGGUCAUCUAGCAGUCAGAAGGAUCAGAUCCCUAACCCUGAGGAAGACCAUCAGUUGCAGCAUAAUCCGUCUUUGGGAUACCGUUCGGUGGUACAUCACGCCUUUGAUGUACCGGAGACCCCAAGCACUACAGUCGAUAGUGUCGAACGGUCGAACAGCGGGAGCACGUCGGCCAUCAGCCCUAUCAUUGGUAGUCGUGCUUUCGCCUCGGAAGACAAAACCCCAACCAUUGUGGAAGAACCGGAAAGCACCUCUCCCCCCAAAGACUUUAAGAUCGGACAUCGUCGUGAUCUGAGCGUCCCGAGCCCAGGAAACAGUCCUUCGAGGCAACCGGUCAUCACCAACAACGACACCGUGUAUUCGUCUGCGUUGGCGGAAGUGACCACUAAUACGCCUGCUGACUCGUUCGGAGAAUACUCUCCCUCACACCAGACCGAUAGAUUCUCCACUCCAGGGCAGUCGCCCAUCAAGGAGGAAGAUCGACCGUCACCUCUUAACAUCAAUACGCAGCAGGUCGGAGAGGGCCGCGAGAAACAGAACGUACCUGUGAUUAUUCCAUCGUUGAGCACGGACGACUCACCGCAAGACACAGAAAGUGACAGACUCCGAAAGGAGAUUAUCCGUUCUCUAAGCCGGGAGAACACCCCAACCGACGACCUGGACCAGCAAGACCGAUCCAGACCUCAAACGGGUCGACAAGAUAGUCUGAUUCCUAGCGAAUACGAAAGAUACUGGAGCGAAGAAGCUGCUUCCGGCACCCAGGAGCAGUAUCAGCCAGUGGACCCUGCGCCGGCUCCAACUGCCUCUUCAGAAGUGUACUCUAGCAUUCCGGCUGCAUCUUCCACGGAGCAACAAAGCAGACCCAAGAUCAAGAGGCGGUUUUCUUGGGAAUCUUCAUCUUCUGACGACGCCACGCCAGUAACCGGCGCCCAGUCCCCUCCAGGCGUGGCUAUGCCUGGACAGUUCCCUAUGGCUACCCCACCGCCCGUGGCCGAGGAACAGGAGGAAAAGGGACCCGACAUGGGACUUACUCCUACGCCUGAGAAGCCGAAGCUUACCAUCAUCACGCCUUCGGCCAUUGAUUCUAGCAGUAUCUCUUCAGAUCGUCAUCUUCCAGAAGUGGUGGAUGCUGAGCCUAUGCGCGAUGUCUCUCCUCAUCCAGAGGCCCAGUCGCCGGUAAUCGACUACCGGAGUCCCGUGCCAGCGCCUACGGCGCCACCAUCCAUCGAAUCGAGUUUGUUGGGCUUCCGUGACAUUCUUGGAAUGAAGACAUCCGACGAGCGCGUGCAAGCGUUCAACCGCACGAGAGACCAGUUUGCUUCGAUCAACACGGGCUUGAACCACUGGAUUCAGGUGACGGUCCAAGCUCAUCCCGAGCAUACUGAUGUUGUCGAGCAGAGUUGGAGCCUGGCGAGUGCGGCGCCCAAGCCCAUGGCGGCUCGAGCGAAAUUCCCGAAGUUGCCAUCCCUGGGCACUUUCGGUGCAUCGCACCCGGAUGGUUCGCCAUCCGGCUCUGGCCAUGUUAGACGGCCAUCGGCGCCUCUGGGAGCGAUGAUGAACAAGCAACAGGUGGAGCAGCGUGGAAAGGACCUACUCCACACCGCUGGGGUCUUGGGAGGAAAGGCCGGUGAGGCUGCCAAGGGUCUCUUUGCGAAGGGCCGCAGUAAAUUCAAGGGAGGCAACGAAAAGGUAGAACCUUGA